AUGCCUCGUGGUGGCAAAACUCGAAGGCUCCAAGAUAUGUUGCCCCAGUCUCACAUUGCUCCUGAUAGAGAUGAAUUGAGAGAGCCCGAGAGAGUAGAUGAAUCAGUUCACCAACCUCCUGAACAGCAGGGACAGGGAAAUGUGAUUGGAACUGAUCCUAUUGCUGUUGAAAGAAUUGUUAUUGCCGUUGCAUCUGCUAUACGUAAUACUGACAGAGAUUUUAGUAUUGAAAAGGCUACAAAGUUAGGAGCUAAAGUGUUCACUGGCACGGCUGAUUCUGCAGUUACGCAGGCAUGGAUGACAAAGAUAGAGAGGGUAUUUGAUGUCAUGGGUUGCUCAGACAAUCGAAACUUGUGUCUUGCCACCUUCUUAUUAGAUGAAGGUGCGUAUGGUUGGUGGCAAUCGGUACGGAGCACAUAUUUAGACCCUUCCAUCAUUACUUGGAUAGAUUUUCGUCAUAUUUUUUACGAUGCCUAUUACCCUCGGUCCUGUAAAGAUGCAAAGCAGGAGGAAUUUCUGAAACUAAUACAAGGCCAGAUGACCAUUGCAGAAUAUCAGGUGAAAUUUAUUGAACUUUCAAAAUAUGGACAAGUUCUAGUAUGCAACGAAAUUGAUAAAUGCAGACAGUUUGAAAAUGGGUUAAGGGAAGAAAUCAGGUCAGUAUUAACAGUUGCAGGCUGGAAUGAAUUUGGCAAAUUAGUGGAAUCAGCUUUGAGAGUAGAAAAGUGCAUUUCUGAUAGGCCAAGUGGUAAAGAACAAACAAUGUUCAGAGCAAGCAGUAGUCAGACAAUGGCAAGUGCUUCUAGCUAUAGACCACCACGGAGGGACAAUAAAGGAUUUCGACCUGAGAUCAUUUACUCCAAGACAGGGAAGAGAGUUCUAAUAGUGCCAGAUUUUCUUCUUACCAAUUAUGUGGAAGAUCUCAUCCUAGAGAGUGUUUAA